CGCCUGGCCAACUUUUUAUCUUUCCUAACAAUAGGCGUACAGCCGUACCUUGAAAGUGGAUUGACCUCAGCCACGACGCCGAAGCAUUUUUGCCGAUAAAAAUGAGCACUAAAGCUGCUGAGACGGAUGCCUGGGGGUUCCCGCAAGGCGCCUGGCACGCGACGCAGCCGGCCGCACGGUUCCAACAAACCACGGAGGAGAAGGAUGCUGACCGUGACCUAAAAUGGGCGCGAAUGCUGCAUCCGACGAAGGGCUUUUCGGGCGUGCCGACCGCCGUGCUGAAACGACGGUGGCGCAAGGGCGUCCCCCGCGGCUGGCGCCGCGCGGCCUGGCCCGAACUCAUGGACCACGGGCCCGCGGAAUUCAAAACGGCCGCGGGGCUCCGGCAAAUCACGUACCAGUCGCUCGUGAACUCGCCGCCGUCGUCGUACGACGAGGUCAUCGAGAAGGACGUCGUCCGAACCUUCCCGCGCCACGCGCGCUUCGCGACGGCGGUGGCCGACGGCGGCCGGUCCGCGGGCGGCGACGACGAGGCCGCCGCGAUCUCGUCGCUGCGGCGGAUCUUGCGGGCCUACGCGGCCCUGGACAAGGAGUGCGGCUACUGCCAGGGCAUGAAUUACGUGGCGGGGCUGCUCCUGCUGGCGUGCGACAGCGCGAGUCGGUCGCCGAACGACCCUUCCGCCUCGAGCGACGCGGCCGACGACGAGGAGCGGUGCUUCUGGCUAUUGGUCGCCACGGCGCGGGGCCCGCGGACGCGCCUGCGCGAUCUGUACCUGCCGUCCAUGGUCGGCUGCCGGCGCGCGCUCUACGCGUACGAGGCGUUCCUGCGGAAGCUGCGCCCGAAGCUCGCCGCGCACCUCGAGCGCGAGAACGUGCAGCCGGCCAUGUACGCGACGCACUGGUUCGUCACGGUCUUCGCCGCGCAGUUCCCGGCGCCCUUCGCGGCGCGCGCGUGGGACCGGUUCCUGGCCGAGGGCUGGAAGCCCGUCUACCAGAUCGGGGUCGCGCUCCUCGCGGCGCGCGAGCGCGAGCUCCUGGCGCUGGACUUCGAGGGGCUCAUGGGCGCGCUCCGGCGGCUCCCGGAGACAGUCGACGUCGAGCGGACGCUGGGCCUCGCGCUCCGCCUGCGGCUCAAGACGAGCGACGUUCGCGACGUGGAAAAGCGCUUCGGCGACGACGUCAAACCCCAGGACCUGUGAGUAAACUUUUGAAAGAUCUA